AUGGAGUGCAGCAUUGCAGUUCCUCCGCGAAGGAAUUCAGUUAGGUGUGAAACUUUUCCCAGGGCACUACGUUGCGACGAUUGGCGCGUGCGGAAAAGGUGGGCAAUGGCAGCGGGCGUUGGUGCUGGUCAGCGAGAUGUGGGAGACGAAGCUGAAGCCCGACGUCAUCAGCUACAGCGCUGGGAUCAGCGCGUGCGAGAAAGGAGCGAUGUGGCAGCGGGCUUUGGCGCUGCUCAGCGAGAUGUGGGAGGAGAAUGUGGAGCCCGACUCGUCUACAGCGCUGGGAUCAGCGCAUGCGAGAAGGGUGGGCAGUGGCAACAGGCUUUGGCGCUGAUGAGCGAUAUGCGGGAGGCGAAGCUGGAGCCCGACGUCAUCGUCUGCAGCGCUGGGAUCAGCGCGUGCGAGAAGGGUGGGCAGUGGGAGCGGGCUCUGGCGCUGCUGAGCGAGAUGCGGGAGGCGAAGGUGGAGCCCGUCAGCCCUGGUCAGUUACAACGCUGGAAUCAGCGCGUGCGAAAAUGGCGGACAGUGGCAACGGGCGUUAGCGCUGCUGCGCGAGAUGUGUGGUUCGAAGGUGGAGCCCGACGUCAUCAUCUGCAGUGCUGGCAUCAGCGCCUGCGCGAAGGGCGCGGAGUGGCAACAGGCUGUGGCGCCGCUGCUCAGAGGGAUGCGUGGCUCGGAGGUGAAGCCCGACCCCUAAUCAGCUACGCCGCUGCGAUCAGCGCGUGCGAGAAGAGCGAGGAAUGGCAGCAGGCUCUGGCGCUGCUCAUCGAGAUGUGGGAGGCGAAGCUGGAGCUCAACGUCAUACACCCUACAACGCUGGGAUCAGCGCUUGCGAGAAGGGCGGGCAGUGGCAGCCGGCUUCGGCGCUGCUCAGCGAGAUGCGGGAGGCGAGGUUGGAGCCCGACGUCAUCUCUACUACAAUGCAGGGCACCGCGCGUGCGGGACGGGUCUUGGCUGGAUUGGCGCAGUCGGCGCCCUGGCGGCCCCACGACGGCUCUGAGACGCUCCCGAGGCCACCUCGACGGCCCAGAGAAGGCUCGGAGGCGCUCCCGAGGCCACCCCGGGAGCCCCAGAGGCCUCCAAGGCAGGCCAGCAUGCUCCAGGGGGCUUGAUGUGGAAUGGUAA